AUGGCCCAAAUCAUCGACGUGGUGCCCUGGGAAGACGGCUCUGCUCAUGUAUAUGCUUCCCCAGCCAUCCUCCUCCCUCUGGAGCGUGUGCGCAACCCACUCGCCGGUGUGAAGCACCAGCUCUACCACCCAGCCCUGCCCACUCUGCGGCGCAUGGACAUGGACACUGUCAAGGGCUGCCUAUCGGAUGAGCACUCCCAAUCUUCCACCUACUGCUCCAAAGAUGACUUUAACAAGGCCCACUUCACACUCCUGGGAGUCCCCAACAAACCCCUGCAAUGCCUGGACUUAACAGGGACCGGCCAGAAGCUCUGUCAUAAGUACCGCGAAGGAAAAAUGGUGCCCAUCGCGCCAGGCAUCAACCGGGUCGACUGGCCCUGCUACACGCGUGCCAUAGAAGACUGGUCUAAAUUCGUGUCUAGGUCCGGGGAGUUCAAGCUACCUUGCAUCAACAAGAGGGUGGAGAGUUUCAGUGGCUACGCGGUGCGGUACUUGAAGCCUGACGUGACCCAGAACUGGCGGUACUGCCUCAACCAGAACCCCAGCCUGGACCGCUACGGACAGAAGCCCAUGCCUUUCGACUCGCUGAACGUAUUCCGACGCUUUGGCUCCCACUACAGUCGUGCCAACUAUCUGACUCCCUGGCAUUAA